CAUAGCUCUGGCCAUUGCGGCCAACUGGGGAGUGAAUCAGUGGAUGGAAGACCUCUCUCUCUUUCUCUCUCUCUCUCUGCCUCUCCUUCUCUCUGUGUGUAACUCUGACUUUCAAAUAAAUAAAUCUUUAAAAAAAUCAACAAUCCUCCAGGUGACAUCACACUUAAUGGUGAUAAACACUUUCCCUAUAGCAUUGAGCACAGGGUGACAUGGUCCUUUCUCACUCCCGGUCUUUGAUCUCAUAGUCAUCUUGGCCGGCAGUGAAGGUGUGUCUAAUUUCUUUGUAGCUCACAUGUAUCGUCAGCUGUUAUUUUCACUGGCUCAGGGUGCAGAGUGGCUGCAGCUACUUUCUGAGUACAUCCCCGUGUGAGCCUUGCGACCCCACCCCAGUCAACAGCUCAGUCUGACUCCUUCCAGCACCAACCGAUGGGGCAGGAUCUUUUCCCAUCGUGCAUUUCCAGUGGUGUUUCACAGUCUUUGUGGAGUGCGGCCUGGCUGGGCCUGUCCUGGCUCCUCUUCCAUAUAUGGGGGACAUCAGAGACUUGAGUGAGGCAUUCAAAGUCUGUGUACUUCACAAAGUACAUGACUGUUUAGUUGGGACUGAAAAGUAAGUGCCCCUGUCUCAGUUUGGGGGGAUGUGCCCUUUGCUGGUACCACGAAUGGCUGUCACCCCAGCAGAUCUGGGAACAGGCACAGGGGGAGCCAGCCCCUGGCCUCAACCCUACACAUUGACCGUGCUGCCUCUGACCUGGCUGGGAGUUAGCACCUUGAGGUCUCCCUUUUGGCUGUUUUGAGAAUCUCCCUUCCACUUGGUUCAGUCUCCUUGUUAAAUCCGGUAUAUGUUAUAACCUAGGACUUUUUAUAAAAUAUCAAACAACCAAGAAAACGGUGAUGCAUCCUACCUGGCACCUCUAGACCGAGUCCAUUUUCAUGAGAACCACUGGGAAGGUGUGCUUCAGGCUAGGUGAGCCUGCGGAGGCAAGCUCAUGGCCACUGAUCACCUCCCCCAAGCCUGUGUUUCUUUUGGCGGGAUCCGUGCCCUGCGAGUGUUACUUCACUUGAGUGUGCAAUUCAGAGAGGCCCUGUCCCUCAGGGGCCCUCACUUCUGCUUUCUGGUGUGUUUUGCAUGCUGACGCUUUGAGGAAAAGGCCCACUUCCCUAAUUACGGACAGGUCUGUAGCAGCAAAUACUCCUGCUUGUUGGGGCUUGUCUUCUGCUUUCUCUCCAAGUCAGCGCUUCUCCUUUUUCAAAAAUUUUUGAGAGGCAGAGAGACCAACAGACAAAAGAGAGCACCCAUCCACUGGCUUACUCCCCAGAUGAGUGCAACAGCCAGGGCUGGACCAGUGUUGGAGCCAGGAACCAAGUUCGCAGCUCAGGGCUCCCACAUGGGUGGCAGGAACCUAACUACUUGAGCCAUUGCCACGGCCUCCCAGGGUGUGCAUCCACACGCAGGAACCUGGAGUCAGGAGCCGAAGCAAGGAAUUGAACCCAGGUGGACCCCUGCAUGUGCCCUUGCAUCUCCUAAGGGGCCAGCACAGCCAUGGCCAGCAACACGGUGGACAGUGCCAACCACCUGCCCUUCUUCUUCGGCAACAUCACCCGGGAAGAGGCCGAGGAUUACCUGGUCCAGGGAGGCAUGACUGAUGGGCUCUACCUGCUGCGCCAGAGUCGCAAUUACCUGGGCGGCUUUGCCCUGUCGGUGGCCCACGGGAGGAAGGCGCACCACUACACCAUCGAGAGGGAGCUCAAUGGGACCUAUGCCAUCGCUGGUGGCAGGACACACAGCAGCCCCGCCGAGCUCUGUCACUACCACUCUCAGGAGUCCGACGGCCUCAUCUGCCUCCUCAAGACGCCCUUCAACCGGCCCCCUGGGGUGCAGCCCAAGACCGGGCCCUUUGAGGACUUGAAGGAGAGCCUCAUCAGGGAGUACGUGAAGCAGACGUGGAACCUGCAGGGCCAGGCUCUGGAGCAAGCCAUCAUCAGUCAGAAGCCGCAGCUGGAGAAGCUGAUCGCCACCACCGCCCACGAAAAGAUGCCCUGGUUCCACGGGAAAAUCUCUCGGGAUGAAUCCGAGCAAACCGUCCUGAUCGGAUCGAAGACGAACGGAAAAUUUCUGAUCAGGGCCAGAGACAACAAUGGCUCCUACGCGCUGUGCCUGCUGCACGAGGGGAAGGUGCUGCACUACCGCAUCGACAAAGACAAAACCGGGAAGCUCUCCAUCCCAGAGGGGAAGAAGUUCGACACACUCUGGCAGCUGGUGGAGCAUUAUUCUUACAAACCCGAUGGUUUGUUACGAGUCCUUACGGUUCCAUGUCAAAAAAUUGGCACGCAGAUGGGAAAUGUUAAUUUUGACGCUCGCCCACAACUUCCAAGCUCCCAUCCUGCGGCGUGGUCGGCGGGUGGAAUAAUCUCCAGAAUCAAAUCUUACUCCUUCCCAAAGCCUGGCUCCAAAAAGCCACCCCCGCCCCAAGGGAGCCGGCCGGACAGCAGCAUCUCGUACAACCCCUACGAGCCAGACAGAGGCCCCCAGAGGGAAGCCAUGCCCAUGGACACAGAAGUGUACGAGAGCCCCUAUGCUGACCCCGAGGAGAUCAGGCCCAAAGAGGUCUACUUGGACCGGAAGCUGCUGACCCUGGAAGACAAAGAACUGGGCUCCGGCAACUUCGGGACCGUGAAGAAGGGCUACUACCAAAUGAAGAAGGUGGUGAAGACGGUGGCUGUGAAAAUACUAAAGAACGAGGCCAACGACCCGGCCCUGAAAGACGAGCUGCUGUCGGAAGCCAACGUCAUGCAGCAGCUGGACAACCCCUACAUCGUGCGCAUGAUCGGGAUCUGCGAAGCCGAGUCGUGGAUGCUGGUGAUGGAGAUGGCGGAGCUCGGGCCUCUCAAUAAGUACUUGCAACAGAACAGGCAUGUCAAGGACAAGAACAUCAUAGAGCUGGUUCAUCAGGUUUCCAUGGGGAUGAAAUACUUGGAAGAGUGCAAUUUUGUGCACAGAGAUCUGGCUGCAAGGAAUGUACUGCUGGUCACUCAACAUUACGCCAAGAUCAGCGACUUUGGACUUUCCAAAGCUCUGCGUGCAGACGAGAACUACUACAAGGCGCAGACGCACGGGAAGUGGCCCGUGAAGUGGUACGCGCCCGAGUGCAUCAACUACUACAAGUUCUCCAGCAAGAGCGACGUGUGGAGCUUCGGCGUGCUGAUGUGGGAGGCCUUUUCCUACGGGCAGAAGCCGUACCGGGGGAUGAAAGGCAGCGAAGUCACCGCCAUGCUGGAGAAAGGAGAGCGGAUGGGGUGCCCUCCAGGGUGUCCGAGAGAGAUGUACGAGCUGAUGAACCUGUGCUGGACGUACGAGGUGGAGAAGAGGCCCGGGUUUGUAGCGGUGGAACUGCGGCUGCGCAAUUACUACUACGACGUGGUGAACUAAGGGCUCCUCUGCCUGACCCGGGCUGCCCUGGAUCGCAGGAGCCCGCACCAGAAAGCGAACUCAGCAGCUGACUCGGUUUCCGGCGCUUCUCUCCAGCUCUGCCGGUUAGGAGAGCCAGCUCCGCGGGAGCCACAGCCUGGCCUCCGGGACUCGUCCUCCGUAGAGCCGGCAGACGCAGACAGCACGGUCCAGUGGCCUCGCUGGGUUCCCAGGACAUUCUUUGCAGGAUGUGCUUCGGAAUUCCUUUUAUGUCCCUCCAAUAUUCCUGGGGUCCUGGCUGCAGUGGGUGCCCCCAGGGCAAGGGUGCGGAGCCCUCACCACGCCCAGCAUUCCCAGAGCCCGCAGGGUCGCAGUGAUUCCUGAAACAGAGGGACGCAAAGACUCGGGAGCACGCGGUGACAGCCGGCCACUGGCUGCUGCCCCAGCGAGAUAGCGCUCCAAGGCUUAACAACCAAACCAAACCCCUAAACAAGGCCAGCUCUGGGAUUUCUAAGCCUGUGGCAGCCAGUUAGGGAAUAGAGAAUGCCCAGAUGCUGCGAGACACAGGCUGACAUUUGUGUGGACCGUGAGGGUGGUUUGCAUGAGCGGGCGUGGCUUGCUGUCCCCAGGCGCCUCCCCUGCGUCUGUGUGGCUGCACCGGCUCCCGAGUACAGCCCUGCCUGCCCCUGAGUGCUCCGGUGGGAAGCAGGCUGGCCAUCACCCUGAAUCCAACUGAGGACCCCUGGGUGCUUCAGGCUGCCAGCCACUCAGCCUGUCAUUCCCUGUCUUUGUAUCUGUCUGUCGCAUGUUGCUAGAACGGAGCACCCCAGAUCGGGUGAUUUAUAAAGAAAUCUGUUUCCCGAGGUUCUGAAGUCUGGGAGGUGGGAGAGCGUGGCCCCGGCCCCUGGUGGGGGCUGCCCGCUGCAGAAGGCCAUCCCAGGAAAAGCCCAGCCAGCUUCGCCUUCUCCUCAUCUUCGAUGCAAGUCUUACGGGCCCCACCCUCUGGCCCUCAUCCCCUUGGAACCUCCUCCCCAGGCGGCACCGACAAAUCCCAUGGACCUAGGAAUCUGGUGUGCAGUUUGCAGCCCACGGAUCUGGGGACACAAACCAUGACACAGGGCGGGCGACGUCAGACCAACGGCAUCAACAAGGACUCUCUAAAGAAAGUGUGGGUCCAUACUAAAGCCACAGACCUUGACCCUCACCUCAAAUAGGCUGCCUUGAGGGUGCCUUUGAGUUGGAGAUCCAAGACCGGAGAAUUCCCUUCUGUCCUCCUACACGUAGCGAAUCCUGGCCUCAGUGUUUUUGAGUCUGUGUGGUCACUGCCUGUUGCUAAGGCCCUUGAAAAUGAAAGCCCCAACAGCCGUACGGGCUGUGAUGCUGGCUGUGCCGUGGAGGCACCUGUCUGUUCUUCAGGUGCACCUGACCUUUGGGAAUGGAAGCACAUUCCUAGAGAGUAGAGAGGAGGCCUUACUCCUAACAAGGGAGUUGAGGGGGAAAGAAAACUGACCAUCCAUAUACCUUGCCUAGCCUAGAAAAGCCAUGAGCCACUUACAGAACUUAAGAAGUUUCUAGAAGUUUCUAGAAGCCAUCCACACCUUUUGGAAUUGCGCUACCUGGAAGUUUGAUGAUUUUGGUUGAGGGAGGAUCCCUGAGCACUGGGUGCACUGAGUAGAUCCUCAAGACACAGAUGGAGUCCCUGGAGUUAUACGGCGACCAGGAACUUUAUAAAGUCCCCUUAUAUGUAACCCUCGUGUCUUCUUCCCGCGUAAGUUUUAAGCCUCGUCAGCAGCACCCAUACCCUCCUGGGAAUCUGUGACCAGGCCACGAAGGGGGAUCUCUUCCCUCUCCCCUACCCCACCCCACCCUGGCCAUCUCAGGGAGCAGAUUCCCGCGUGCCCAUGCCCCCUGGUGGGGGAGGAAGUCUUACAUAGUGAAAAUCCUGUCCCAUGGGGAAAAUAACCCUUUCCCCGAGAGUCAUCCAGAGAUGCAACAGAGAAAAGCCGCUUAGUUGAAGCAGGAUGAACCCUGAGAAAGGGGUGAGCGUGGACCGUCGGGGAAAGGUCUGGAGCCUUCUAGCUUGAGCUAGAUUUUUCGCACCCAGAUAAGUUUAUUGUGGUGCAAGCUGCUCCUCGCUGUUCUAACCGCGUCUUUCCUUGGCAGCCGGGCCCCCUCCCGGCGCUCUCACUCUCUGAUCCUCCUCCAGCAGGGAACAGAGGAACAUCAGAGGCACACAGACCGCCCUGGCCAGCAGCACGGGGACUGUGGCUGCUUCAGGAGCCGUGCCCAGCAGGGCUGCAUGUUUCUAGAAUGUGCUCAGUGGCACGGCUGUUUGCACUGAGCGUGCCCUUCCUCCACGCCCCCUCACCCAGCCCUGGCUGUGAUCUGCUGGGUGCUGACUUCACCUUGACGUCAGCCCGGGGACUGCGAGUCUACCUGGAGCUCCGCUUGCAGACGCCACCCCUGGAUUUCCGGCCCUCCCAGCCCCCGGCGAGCCCCCUGCAUCAGCUGGCAGGGCAGCGUCUUGCCCCCGCAUUUCAGAAGAGCUCCGUCAUCUCACCGGACAGUUUCAUACACUGUGAUUUUUAAUAAAAACUUAAAGUUAGCUUUGUGAUGGUUUUCAUGGAGGCUAUUAGGACAUGCUAGGUUACAGUGUCAAAUAAAUCGUGGUAAAGAGCA